UUGCCAAAUUCAGAAUCGUAAGGGUAAACAGCUGGCAAAUGUUUGUUGUGAAACGCAUAUAAAAUGUUUGUAGCUCUUAAACAGUCGAGAUUGUGUAACAACUCUGUGAUUUUACGGAAAAAAUGGCUGUCUUCACCGAUUGGAGUCAUUUAUAGUGCUGAAUCUCUUGCCGGCCAUCUACGAGGGGAUAUUGCGCAUUACUCUCAAAGAUCAUUUUCAUCCUGUGAACGUCGGAAUGAAAAUUUUCAGCAUUACGGUCUAAAGUUUGAUUCCAUCAGUACUACCCCUCCAAAGGAUGCCCGUGUUGUUGUUUGCGGUGGCGGAAUUAUGGGUGCAGCGGUGGCGUAUCAACUGGCGGACCGCGGUUGGGGACCGCACACGGUUUUGCUAGAGAAGGGCCGUAUUGGCGAGGGCAACCCGUGGCAUUACAGCGGAUUACUAGGAGAGCUCAAACCUUCGUACUCGCAGGUUUUGUUAGCACAAACGUCACUGGAUUUAAUUAAGGAAUUCGAUAAAAAAGGUCUUCCGACAGGUUGGAAGAAAACCGGUUCUCUCAAUCUGGCCCGAACGAGAGAUCGCAUGACGGUGUUCAGGAGGAUGAAAUCGCAGAGCAUAUCUUGGAACGUGGAGUGUGAGCUGGUAUCACCAGAACGCUGUAAAGAGCUCUGUCCAAUAAUUGAGAUUGAUGAUUUGAUAGGCGGUCUUUGGAUACCGAACGACGGUAUAGGGGAUCCAAACGCAUUUUGCCAAAGUCUGGUGAAGGAAUCGUUAGAGAAGGGAGUAACCGUAGUAGAAAACUGUGCGGUAACAAAAAUUAUUCAAGAAGACUGGAGGGUGAAGGCCGUUGAAACGACCAAUGGCACGGUAGAAUGUGUCUAUUUUGUAAACUGCGCUGGUUUUUGGGCUCGUCAAGUAGGUCAAUUAUCCGAACCAUACGUAAAGGUGCCUUUACAUGCUGCUGAACAUUACUACUUACACACAAAGCCCAUUUAUGAGCUUCCACAAUCCGGCAUCCCGGUAGUACGAGAUUUAGACGGUCAUGUGUAUUUUCGAGAAAACAAUGGCUGUUUGCUAGCCGGUGGCUUUGAGAAUGUAGCCAAACCUGCGUACGAGGAUGGAGACACUCCGCUUUCCAUAUCUGAACGAAAACUUCCACCGGAUUGGGAUCACUUUCAUCCUUUAUUGGAAGAGUUACUACAUCGAAUUCCUUGCUUGAAAGAUGCUACCUUAGAUCGGCUGUCAAACUGCCCAGAAGCAUUCUCGCCCGAUUGCAAGUGGAUUAUUGGCGAGGCACCGGAGAUCCAAAACUAUUUAGUGGCUGCUGGCAUGAAGACUAUCGGUAUGUCAGCAGCUGCUGGUGUUGGCCGAGCUAUUGCUGAUAUCAUAACUCAAGGCUACUCUACCGUGGACCUCCACGAAUUGGACAUAUCUCGCUUUUUAGGAUUGCACAAUAACCGCAAAUUUCUGCGCGAUCGUGUUCGCGAGGUUCCUGGUUUGCACUACGAUCUGAAUUAUCCAUUUUACGAGUUUCGCACUGGACGCAACUUGCGCAUGUCGCCAAUUUUUCCGGUUCUCAAGGAAGCUGGUGCCGUGUUCAGUCAAGUCAUGGGCUAUGAACGGCCUGCCUGGUUUGAUAAGAAUAAUUCACUGGAUGAGAAGGGAAUACCCCGGUUUCGGAUUGCUACCACUAACGGUUGGGGAAAACCUCAUUGGUUUGAAAAUGUGCAGAGCGAAUACGACGCGUGUCGAGAGAAAAUUGGAUUAAGCGAUUACAGUACGUUUACGAAAAUAGAUUUGUGGUCAAAAGGACGGGAAGUGGUCGACUUUCUGCAGUAUUUGUGUUCUAACGACAUCGAUCAACCGGUAGGAUCGAUAGUCCACACCGGCAUGCACAAUCGACAUGGUGGUUAUGAGAAUGACUGUUCGCUAGCUAGAUUAUCGGAAAAUCACUACAUGAUGAUUGCACCGACGGUUCAACAGGCGAGGUGCAAAGCGUGGAUCGAACGUCAUUUACCUCCGGGUGGAAGAGUGAGUGUUUCGGACGUAACUUCCAUGUACACUGCCAUAUGUGUAAUGGGACCUUUCACUCGAAUAAUGCUUUCAGAACUGACUGAUACAGAUCUGGCUCCGAAACAUUUUCCUUUCUUCACUUGUAAGGAAUUAGAUGUAGGUCUUGCCAAUGGGAUCCGUGCACUGAAUCUAACUCACACUGGUGAGUUAGGCUAUGUAUUGUAUAUACCGAACGAAUUUGCUUUGCAUGUGUAUACAAAGCUGAUGGAAGCUGGUCAAAAGUACGGAAUCAAACAUUGUGGAUAUUACGCAAUGCGAACACUGAGAGUGGAGAAAUUCUUUGCCUUCUGGGGUCAGGAUCUGGAUACGUUUACCACGCCUCUCGAGUGCGGUCGCAUGUGGCGUGUUAAAUUUGAUAAACCCGUCAGCUUUAUUGGGAGGGAUGCUUUGCUGAGGCAGCGUGAUGAGGGAGUGCGCCGUAUGUAUAUUCAACUGUUGAUCAAUGAUCACGAUCCUGACAUCGAUUUAUGGAGUUGGGGUGGCGAACCGAUUUAUAGAGAUGGUGUUUAUUGCGGACAAACAACGACUACUGCUUAUGGAUUUACGUUCAAGAAGCAGAUCUGCCUUGGAUUUGUAAAAAAUCCCGACUCCAACGGUAACUCGCUGCCAGUCACGAACGAGUACGUUCUAAACGGAGAUUAUGAGGUGGAAAUCGCUGGCAUUCGCUAUCCAGCCAAGGCCAACCUGCAUUCGCCCAAUCUACCCACCAAAUAUCCGGAUCAGGAGCGGGAAGCCUACAAAGCAACGAGGGACAAAUCAGAUGAUAGCAAUUUGCUAGCGUACAAGAAGAGGUAGGAAGGCACCAGUCACAGGGGGGUCCCUCUCGUGUGCGUUGUUGGAGUGAUAAUGUGUUUUUCAUUCAACGAUAUUAAAGUGCAUUCAAUCAAUUCGAAACUGGAACAAUAACACAUAUAGUUUGGAUUUUUCCAAUGUAUUCUCAUUAAUUUAACCGCCGACGAAAUUGGUCUUCCUAGUUUUUCGCUGAACGUUAUGGAAAUUUCGUUCUGUGUGUAUUG